AAACUAUGACAUGACUUCCACCCGGAGGAGGAGGAGGAGGAGGAGGAGGAGAACAAGGAGUUCAGAUCACUGCAGGCUGCAGUCGGAGAGUUGGAUGGUGGAGCGGUGAGACGCUGUGAGACAGCAGCUGAUGGAGCAGAGCUACGGGGAGGUGAACCAGCUCGGCGGGGUGUUCGUUAACGGCCGGCCGCUGCCGAGCGCGGUGCGGCUGCGGAUCGUGGAGCUGGCGCAGCUCGGGAUGCGGCCCUGCGACAUCAGCCGCCAGCUGCGGGUCUCCCACGGCUGCGUGUCCAAGAUCCUGACCCGCUACAACGACACCGGCUCCAUCCUGCCCGGGGCCAUCGGCGGCAGCAAGCCCCGGGUCACCACCCCCGCCGUGGUCAAGAGCAUCCGGGACUACAAGCAGGACGACCCGGGCAUCUUCGCCUGGGAGAUCCGGGACCGGCUUCUCUCGGACGGGGUGUGCGACAAAUACAACGUCCCGUCUGUGAGCUCCAUCAGCCGGAUUCUCAGGAAUAAACUCGGGACUGUUUCACAGCCGUAUGAGAGCAGCAGAUCGGUCCCGGCUCAGCUCCAGUACGGACACGUCUACCCGUACCCCUCCUACACUGGCCCCGCAGUGGCCCCCACCGGGACCAGGACCGGCAGCGGCCCCGCCGGACACGCUGGCCUGCCGCGUAGCUGGCACGACAUCCUGGGCAUCCGAGCCUUCAUGGACCCGGCAGCACUGCCUAGAUCUGAGGGACACCCAGCCAAAAUGGAGGACUGGACCAGUAUGACCAGUGUGGCCAGCAUGAGGCCGUUUCCUCCUGGAAUCAAUGGAGCAGAGAAAACCUACAACGAGCCAGACCUCAAAUACCCGCAGCAGUCUUCGUCCUGUCUGCCUGGUUAUGUCUCAGCUUGUGCGUAUUCUCCACCGAACCAGUACGGCAUGUACGGAGGUCCAGCAGCCAACUACAUGAGCACUGGACACCCCUGGCAGCCCCAGCCCAGCCUGAGCUCCAGUUUGACUCAGAGUCAGGCUCAUCUCAGCCCUGCAGCAACACUGGAGGCUGCAGACUUGCACACUGCAACAUCUUUCAAACUUCCACAAAGAGACGAGGACAGGAAACCUCUGAGUCCUCUGUACAAAGACCAUCAUGCUGCUCACAGAUCGUCUUCAGGCUCGUGAUGACAACAAGGAAACUCAAGAAGACGAUGUGACGCUGAAAGACUUUACUUCUGAGGAGAGUUGUGACUUUUACUUCUCCAGACCAGAGCAGAAGACCCGAAGGCGAAAUCUUCUCUCCUGUUACAAUUGAUCCAUAACCAACUCCAGGACUUUAUUUAAAGAUUUAUUAUGUCUCCCGGCAGCAUAAAGACAUGUGGUGAAGGAAAAAUACACCAAAUGCACCUAGAAAUGUAAAGUAAAUAAAAAGGAGUCUGUUUUCUCCCCCUUUCACCUCAACGGAAAUAAUUUGUGUAUAAAUAAAUCUACAUCUUCGGAAAGAAACCUUAUUCGCUUUCGAUAAUUAGAUGAGAAGAUAGAUACCACUGUUUUCUGUACGUUAAAUAUGAAACUACAGCCAGUUGCCUGUUGGCCUAGCUUAGCAUAAAGACUAGAAGCAGAGGGAAACAGAUGGACUGGUUCAGUCCAAAGGUAUCACCUCUAAGGCUCCAUACACACUACUCCGUUUAAGUUUAAAAACGAAUACGACCUCCGUCCACACCAGCGUUUUAGCUGCGUAUCAGAGUUGAUUUCCGUCUACAUUAAAACGACUGAAAACGCACAUCUAGUGGCCGUUCAGGUACACUGGGCAGGCGCGUGCCAGUAUUAAACAUGAAGCAGAUGGUCUAUUCCGUAGUUACAGAAGAUUUGGCGAAAGAAUAAAUAAACACAGAUGAAGAAUCAGACCAUUUUUGUAAACAGACUGGGAGUCGUCGCAAAAUAAAUAUGGCGACAUGCACAGUACAAGUGUAAAGUAUUAGUGUUAUUUGCACAAUACAAAAUAUUUUAAUACAAAUGCCCUGUAAAAAAAAAAACUGUCAGCAGCAUCAUGUUUCUACUUUGGAUGACUUAUGAGACCCAAUAAGAGAGAGCCAAACGUGAGCGACUGCGUUUCUAAAGUCCUCCGUUUCUGCACUAAAGCGCUCUACGGAGUUUCAAAAUGAAAAACAGGGUUGGCAGCGUUUCCAAACUUCUCCGUUUUAGGUCUUCAUUUUUGCCAUUUUAGUCUGAACGCGAGGUGCAAACGGAGCAAAGGUAGUGUGGAUUAUGCAAAUAAGAUAUCAUGUAGUAAUUAGUGAGCUUUAGAGGAGCUGCUAGAUUGUGUUACCUAUGGACAGAGCCAGGCUAUUUGUUUCCCCAUUUCUAGUCUUUAUGCCAAACUUAGCUAACCGACUGUAGUUUCAUAUCAAACGAACGAAAGAGUGUUGAGCAUCAAUCUUCUCCAGAAGAAAGCAAAUAAGCAUAUUUUGCAAUCUUUCAAACUGUUGAAGGUCCAUCUUUUUCCAUGUUUUAGUUAUGAAAGGGAAAGUUUAAAUUGCAUUGGAACUGUGCGUAUUAAAUAUAUUGGUAAAGCUGUAAGUAUAUUUUUCUAUAAAGGUGCUUAAUAAAGACAUUAAACUUGUUAA